AUGUAUUUCCUGAAUACGUCUAUAUCGCUCAUAGUGGCUGCUACCUUAGUGGGAAACUCCCAUGCCACAACCAGCAGGCCGAGACUUGUUGUCUCUGAAGCCGACAAGUCGAAAGAGUUUCAAUUCUUAACAAAUGCAACUGAGAUUGAGAUAGAAUUCUUCGUCAAUGGCACCGAUUUUCCUUCAGUCCCUUUCGAUAUUGGCGAGUCAUAUGCGGGACUUCUACCAAAUACGCCAUAUGGUGACUCGGAACUAUUCUUUUGGUUCUUCCCAUCACUGAACCCGGUGGCAAAGAAUGAGAUUACUAUCUGGCUACAAGGUGGUCCCGGAUGUAGCUCCCUUGAUGGUCUCUUACAGGAAAAUGGACCAUUUCUCUGGCAGUCUGGGACCUACCAGCCGGUUCGAAAUAUGUACUCAUGGACUAAUUUAACAAAUAUCGUAUAUAUUGACCAGCCUGUCGGUACAGGCCUCUCACCUGGAAAGCCAACGGUUGAUAAUGAGGUUGAUAUAUCAAAUCAGUUUAACGACUUUUGGCGUCGCUUCAUUGAUGUCUUUGAAAUGCAAGGGUAUAAGAUGUAUCUCGCUGGUGAAAGCUAUGCAGGAAUGUACAUUCCAUACAUUGCCGAAGGCUUUAUUGAACAAAAUGAUACCGAGCACUUUAAUUUGAAAGGCAUCCAGAUCAAUGAUCCAACUAUCAACGAGCAGAAUAUACUGGCCAAUGUCCCAGCUGUGGCCGCACUAAAUCAUUUCUCCUCCGUCUUCAGCCUGAAUGAAACGUUUAUGAAAGAUAUCAAUGCGAGAGAUGAAAAAUGCGGCUUGACCAAGUUUCUCAACGAGGCUUUAACUUAUCCACCACCAAAGAAUUUCCCUGUCGCACCAAAUCCAUAUGCUGACCCUGAUUGCUUGGUGUGGUAUGACAUUGUCUCAGCAGCUCAGCUCGUGAAUCCAUGUUUCAACAUGUAUCACCUGACUGAUUUCUGCCCUUACCUCUCAGACCCAAUGGGUUUCCCAUCCUUAGCAGUUGGCCCAGGGGUCUAUUUCAAUCGAUCGGAUGUCCAAAAAGCCCUUCAUGUCCCACCAACCAACUAUUCUCUAUGCAACGAGACCGUUAUUUUCCCUAAUGGGGAUGGCUCUCUGCCCAGCGCACUUGGUCCGUUGCCCAAAGUUAUUGAGGAAACUAAUAACGUUAUUAUUGGACAUGGAUGGUUUGACUUUCUAUUCUUUUUAAAUGGCACGCUCGCAACAAUCCAGAAUAUGACCUGGAAUGGGGCUCAAGGAUUUCAGCAUGCACCUACUGAACCCCUCAUCGUACCUUUUACCACCGGCCAAGUCGAAAAUCCGAAUAUAUGGGACGGUGGCUCAGGAAUUUUAGGGACCGCUCAUACGGAGCGUGGCUUGACGUUUUCCUCGGUAUAUAGGGCCGGGCAUGAAAUCCCGCAAUACGUUCCUGGUGCUGCAUACAGACAAUUGGAAUUCUUGCUUGGACGGAUCAAGAAUCUGCAAGAUACGGGACCAUUUACAACUCAACCGUAG